AUGACAGCCUCACAUUUCUGUGAGGCUGCAUAUUGUGGGACACCCGAUCUCCCACGCUGGUUCUGCGCCAGCUGCGACUCGUUCUUUUGCACGGCUUGCUGGUUAUUGCAAACUCCACAUCUCCCAAAGAAGGUUGGACUCGAUGGAUUGCCACACGAAAAAACCGAUGUGAAUGUGGUCAACAGCCUGAAGGGCAUUCUCGACCCCCCAAGCAGCCUAGAUACGCUGAAGAAGCUGCAUGAAGACGAUGCUGGCAGCAAAUGGUUUGGGGUUGAGCGCAGUGAAAAUCAAAAUCCUGUGACACAUCUCCAUACACCAGUGUUUAGGAACUAUGGAAGGUAUGCCACACUGAUGGCAGAAAGUCGUCCUUCGAAUGGCUGUACAAGAUAUCCUCAAUUGGUGUCGUUCAUCGGCCAGACAAAUGCUGGGAAAAGCACCCUGAUCAAGAUGCUCAUAUCUCACGGGCUGCUUAAGAGCGGUGACUCGACCUCUGACUUUCCAUCUCCUGUCGUGGGAGCAAGUAGGCACGACAAUCUACCUACCUCAGGCGAUGUUCAUCUCUAUGCCGACCCAUCUACCAUACACAGCCAGUUUCCCAUGCUGUACGCAGAUUGUGAAGGUCUCGAUGGUGGUGAACAAGCCCCACUCGCCAACCAAGCCUUGAAGAACACAGCCCCUCACCCAUCGGAGGAAGUUAAAAAGCUUGUCAUUGGUGGAGCGAAAAAGGUCCUUGAGUGGGCGAAAGAUGAUGUGACAAGUGGAAGAGAAUACGCCGUGAAGCAUUUAUAUCCGCGGCUGCUCUUUACUUUCUCUGAUGUUAUUAUCUUCGUUCUUCGCAACCCAAAGGCCUUUGAGUCUGUAGCAUUAAAGCUCCUUCUUGAUUGGGCAGCUUCUUCUCUAGAAAAAUCACUCAAUCAGCCGAUACUUCCCCAUGCCAUUGUUGUUCUCAAUGCAACAGAUCUACAAGUCCACGAAGACGAAUGGGAUGUCGAGAAGGCCACCAAAAACUUGAUGGAAAAGAUUAAGCAUGCUGUCGACAUCGACCCUGACUUCCGAAAAUACAAGGAAUGGUGGCGGCUGAAGGGUAAAAGGAUCAGAACCAUGGAAGAGCUCAUCAAAUGCUACUAUUCUUCAAUCUCAGUCGUGCGAAUACCUGCGAAAGGCCGUUAUAUGCUUAUCAACGACCAACUUGGGAAGUUGCAUGAUCGUAUCAUACAUGAUUGCGAUGCCGCCUUCUCUGCCCGGCAGAGGGUCCGCAUGCUUCCUCAUGCAGAUGAAUUGAACGAAUACCUCGAAGCUGGGUUCAACCACUUCUCGAAGCGACUCGACGUUCCGUUUAACUUUGUCGAGAUUGCAGUAAGAAACCAUCCGGUUCCUCAAAAUUUCGGAGAUCAUGUCUCAAAUCUGGCAGCCGAUAUGCAACAGAAGCAUGAAUACCACGAUGCCACUAUCAUCUUCGAAGAGCUAAGCCCCUUUGUAGCUUCUUGUCUUCUUCUAGAUGCUGUUCGGGGGCGUCGUCCUGGCCACCUCAUGGACUUCUUCAACAAAUAUUAUAGCAAUAUGUGUAAAGGGGCACUGGAUCGGUUCUGCGAUAUGUUUUGGCCUUGUUCCUUUCGCGAUUCUCGCGGACGUGCUUGUCGCAACAUGAGAGCUGGCCAUCUAUCAAAAGGCCAUCAAGAUGGGAACGGCCGAAUCAUUGGAUCUAGAACUUCUGGUCAAUACGAAUCCAAUUUCUCGCGGGAGGUCUACCAGAAAAAAUGGCUCGAGUCCAUCAAGAGAAAUCUGGAAACCUGUGAUGCUAAGCUGCAGCAAAAACGCCAGUCCAUUGGAGCUAGCCAGUUGAAGAUAUUGGAGGCCGAAGACGCAUUCCAAUUACAUCUUGAGGAUCACGUACAGGUCUUUUUUCAGGAUAGGAGAGGAGCUAUGGAUUAUAUGAGUCUAGCUACUUGCUAUUGCUGCUUGAUGAAAGUACCUGAGCAUCCUUUGCCAUGCGGCCACGUCCUAUGCACCGAUUGUGUCAAGAGCUAUGGAAAGAGGCUGGAGCAUUCAUCUGUGAGCAUGGACUCUUGUCCGCUGCAUCCAGAAGAAUCGAAGGCCUACGGUUAUUGGGUGGUCCGCUUCAAGCCUGAUUUUGCUGGAGUACGGGUCUUAUCAUUGGACGGAGGCGGCGUCCGUGGUAUAAUUGAGCUGGAGGUAUUGAGAGCGAUUGAACGAGCGAUCGGAGGCAGGAUUCCUGUUCAAAGAUUCUUUGAUCUCAUUGUAGGAACAAGCACUGGCGGUAUAAUAGCGCUCGGAAUUGGUGCCAAACAUUGGUCAAUAAGGACGAGCACGGAAAAGUUCUCAUCCUUGUGUGACCAGGCUUUCACGCCCCGUGAACUAUCGAGCGUGAAAGUUGUCAACAAAGCGGUAACACUACGACAUGGAAGUAAGUAUAAGACGAGGCCUCUUCAUCGCUCCUUGAACACUGCGUUUGGCGAACAAUUCUUGUUCGGUGGGGAACAAGAGACGGAUACCGCAUACAUGACAAAAGUAGCCGUGGCCACCACAUCCGGCACAGGACAAAAUCCGAUAAUCUUAUCAAAUUACGGCCGAAAAGAUGAGCCACGGCUUAAUUAUCAGAUUGAAUUCUCUCUUGGCUCUCGUCUGGGACUGAAGGUUUGGGAAGCAGCUGCGGCCACCUCUGCCGCCCCUUCCUUUUUCAAGCCGUUCGUCCAUCCAAACGCCGAUCGAAAAUAUCUUGACGGCGCCCUCUAUUUCAACAAUCCGAUCAAGAUCGCAAACAAUGAACGGAAGCUUCUGUGGCCCGAAGUCGCCGAUUGUCAUCCCGAUCUCAUGCUUUCUAUCGGAACGGGACAGAACCAAGAGGAAACUGAGGCAGGCGUGGCGAGAGGUGCAAAAAGCCAGAACGAAUUAGAGAAACGUAAGACGGCUAAAAAGUAUGGGAAAACAGAUGCCGCAGAAAAGAAGCAGACAUCUCGCCCGAGACGCGUUUUCCGUGCUGCUGGGAAUGCCAAGAACUUCUUUUCGGUUUUGGUCAACCGCAUGGAAAGUACUCUUGAUUCGGAACUAGCAUGGAGGGAUUUCGUUGCUGAUAUAUUUGGGGCAAACAACUCCGAUGUCAACUGCCAGCGGUACAUACGCUUGAAUCCCGACUUGAAAAGUGAUGUACCUUCAAUCGAUGCCAAAAAGGACUUGAAAUCUCUUCAAGACAGAACUAUUGACGAGCUCUCAUCUUCUGCCAACAAACGAUUGAUUCGUAGCAUCGCUCAUCGGUUGAUUGCUAGCUCUUUCUAUUUCGAGAAAAUGACGCCAAAGGAAAUUCAUGCCUCAGAAUCCUUUGUUUGCUCAGGACUACUCCUAUGCCGUUUCGAAACGGGCACUACCGAAGUACGAGAACUUGGACGUUACCUCAAAGGAAGACAAGAGCGCGAUUUCCAACCACACUUCUUGAUCCGAGAUGGUGGAGACAAGUCAGAGAGUCGAGUAAUCAUCACGCCUGAAAAGCUCAACACUAUGAUUGACCGCGGGGUCUUUGAUCUUGGACAGCAAGAUAUCAAAAUAUCUAGCAGACAAACACCCACGACAAUCUCACUAUCAUUCGCCGAGUAUGAACAGGAUCAGCAGGAGCUGUACUGUAUUAGUGGAUUCCCAAGAACUCUGGUGAUCGAAGAUUCCGCAAGAGGUAAGACGCACCGUUUGUGA